AUGACGUACGCAGAGCAAUUACACAGUGGCGUAAAUGCACUCAGGGCAAUUUACCCUCGUGAGGAUGCAAUUGUUGUCAAUGCACACCAUGGCAAUAAUUGGUUACAAUCCUAUGGUUCCAAGCGGGCAUCGUAUCAGAAAAUUGGUGAUUUUACAGCAGUAUUAAAGUACGGGAUGAGAGAUUUAGAAAAAAGUCUCACGAGCACAAUAUCGAAUGUCUUCGCGGAUUACUUAAAUGAAAUCUUAAAUAAUACGGGCGGAACUGAAUGUUCAGAAGUAACUGAGUCACUACCGGCGGGGAAACAAUGGUCCAAUACAGGGACUAGUGCAAAUAUUAGGACUUGUGCAUGUAAUUGGAACAAAUGUAAUAUUAAAGCUUCGGAAGACCAAAUGCAACAGGCUGCGAACUGGGCAGAUAACGCAAUUGCGCAGUAUCCAGAUAGUAUAGACUAUAAAAUGGGGUUUAGUAAUAACGAGGCUUGGCACUUGUGUAUAAAAUUGGUAAGAAAUGAAUUAUGCGAUGAUAAGUACGAUGCCUACGAUGCUGUAACGAGCAUGGGGUGUCCGCAAGGGUAUUGUAAUGGUACCGCUACCGAUUGCAAGAAAUUUGCGGACUAUUUUAACAUCUCCUCAUCUUGGGUCUACAUUACAGCACUUAGCUUAGUCUUAUUAUUCUUACGCAACCGACAAUUUUAA